CGGAACGGUGUUCGGGUGUACCCCGCCUAGUGGCGGAAGACAGCUGGGUUAGGCUCCAGCACGCCCGCGAUCCUCAUGAGGAUAAGAAUCUUGGAUCACGAUGAAAGGAUAUUGUUCACCGAAUUAUUUUUGAAUAGUCAAAGCGGAAGUGAUUACCAGGACGUAUCUACUUCCGUCCACUCCCGUGCCGGGCAAGCGAGCUAACGAUGCUUCCGCAAGGGAACAUUUCCAGGCAGACAAGCGAUGUGGAGGAGGACGCCAACACGACUCGCGCGGAUAUGGAUGCUGCAGUUCUUCUGCUGGGAGCUGGGAUGACGGCCGCCACACAUCCGCUGCUUUACGUGAAGCUGCUCAUACAGGUGGGACAUGAACCUCUUCCACCAACUGUAGGCACAACUAUGUUUGGAAGGAGAGUUUUAUACCUCCCUGGCUUCUUCUCCUAUGCACAGCACAUUGUUAAGGUUGAUGGAAAGAGGGGACUCUUUCGCGGCCUGUCACCUCGUAUUGCGUCUGUUGCCAUCUCCACUGUAAUCAGGACCAAAGCGAAAAAGACGCAGUGUGUAUCCAAGGAGGAUGACAACAAGCAAACCCCUCUUAAGAAAUUAAUGAAAGAGACCUCUCACGAGAUGUUCAUCCAGUGCCUGUCCAGAAUAGCCGUGCAUCCGUUUCACGUCAUGUCAGUGCGUUGUAUGGCCCAGUUUGUUGGCAGAGAGGUCAAGUACAGUGGAAUUCUCAGUAGUAUCAGCAGGAUCUUUCAAGAAGAAGGAGUCGCCGGAUUUUACGUUGGUUUAAUGCCUCACGUGCUGGGCGAGGUCCUCUUCUUAUGGUGUUGCAAUCUGCUGGUGCACUUUAUUAACACCUACGCUCUCGAUGACACGUUAAGCCAGGCGUCAGCAGUGAGAAGUUACACAAAGUUUGUGUUGGAUUUUGCAGUGAGCAUCCUAACGUAUCCGUUUAUGCUGGUGGCUGACGUUAUGGCCGUCAACAACUGUGGUUUGACUGCAGGUCUUCCUCCGCACUCGCCCAUCUUCACGUCCUGGUUGCACUGCUGGAAUUACCUCAGCCGCAGGGGUCUCCUGUUUAGAGGAUCCAGCUACUUCUCUCGCCGCGUGCCCGUCACCUCGAUCCACGACUGACGUCAUCAUCAUCAUCGUCAUCACCACCACAAUGAAGUGGACCGUAGUGAUUGAAGGACGGACGAGUGGCUGGCACAUGCGCCUUGCAGUUCUGAGCUUGGGAGGUUGAACACGGGUCUUGCCUUCCAGUGUUUGCAUGUCGUCCCUGUGCUUGUGUGGGUUUUCUCCAGGUACUCGAGCUUCCUCCCACAUUCCCAAAACAGACAUGCUAGUGAGGAUUGUAUUUAUUUUUUCAGUUUUGACAACCAGUUUGUUAAGACAAGCAUCCAAUGAGCCCAUCCAAUUCCAAUUGGGUGGAAUGCUUCAGGCCACUCCCACCAGUCCUCAGGAAGUAGAAAGCCAUCCCCUGAGAACCAGUCCCCAUUUCCAUAUUUU